AUGCAAAAUAAGAAGAUGCGUGUUGUUGGAUGGUGGUGUGGUGGCAGCUCUCCCUGGUACAACAUGAUGAUGGGAAUGGUGAAGAGUGAGAAUUCCGGCUCGCCAAGUUUUCUGGCAAGUGGCGAUGAUUAUCCUAGAGCGGUACCUCCUCUUCACCUCAUCCCAACUCCUCUAAUGAUGACGGUGCCACAAUCAAGGUUGCACAUCGUCCAAGGGGUUGGCUUCUCAAGUGUGCUUGGGCCAACUAUCGAUGGGUCAUACAAGAUGAUGAAGUUGCAUCAAUGUCGAAAUCAUAUACAUAUGUUCCACAAGGUUUUUGUUGUAGACAAAGGAAUCCAAGGUUUUGUUGUAGACAAGGAACCCAAGGCUUCAAACAUUUUCAUUACACCUUGGUUUGGUUUACGUGAUUUUCUUCAUGAUCGUCAAGUCUCGUAUGGGAAUUUUAGGGUUCAGAAAUUUAAUUUUCAUGAUGUUUAUUCAUGGGUUUUGGAAGAUGAUGCCCAAGAUCCUCUUAUGUAG